CAAAAACCCUCCUUUCUGCAAAUGGCUGAGGCUUUGCUCGGAACUUUAAAUCAAAACUUGCAAUCUUUUGGCCAAGACCAACUUGCAACGUUUUGGGGUGUUGACCAACAGAUUCAAAAGCUUUCCAGCAAUCUCACUGCAAUCCGUGCUGUUCUCAGAGAUGCUGAGAGAAAACAAAUAACAAGUUAUGCUGUCAAAGAUUGGCUGCAGAAACUCACAGAUGCAGCAUAUGUGCUGGAUGAUAUCUUAGAUGAAUGUUCAAUUCACUCCACAAAACUGAAUUUUGAUGAUGCACAUACAUCAUGCCUAACCCGUUUCCAUCCUAAGGACAUUCUCUUUCGUUUCAAUAUUGGCAAGAGGAUGAAAGAUAUCACACAAAGAUUUCAAGACAUUCAUGAAGAAAGGAGCAUGUUUAAUUUAGAACCCGGUGUCACAGAGGUCCAAACAAUCAAUGAUAAUUGGCGCCAAACUAGCUCUGACAUUACAGAACCUGUAGUCUACGGUAGAGACCAGGAUCGAGAGCAAAUUUUGAAGUUUCUUUUCGAAGAGGUUAGUGACAGUGAAGGCCUCUCCAUCUAUCCCAUAGUUGGCAUGGGUGGACUUGGAAAAACAACAUUAGCCAAGCAGGUCUUCAAUGAUAACAGGGUAUGCAAACAUUUUGACUUGACAAUUUGGGUUUGUGUUUCUGAUGAUUUCAACACCAUGACAAUACUCCGAUCCAUCAUAGAAUGCAUCACUGGACAAAAAUCCAAACUCAAAAGCUUAGAAGCAAUCCGGAAAAAGGUUGAGGAAGUGUUGCACGGGAUGAAGUAUUUACUUGUUCUUGAUGAUGUGUGGAAUGAAGACCAAGAGAAAUGGAAGCAGUUGAAGGGAAAAUUGCAAUGCGCAAGGGCAGCAAAAGGAGCUACCAUUUUGGUCACUACUCGACUCGAGGAAGUUGCUAACACCAUGCAGACACAUCCUGCUUACCAUUUGAAAGAAUUGUCAGGAGAUGAUAGUUGGUCAUUGUUCAAACACCAUGCGUUUGGACCAAACAGAGAAGAAACGGAAGAACUCGUGUCAAUUGGCAAAGAGAUAGUGACAAAAUGCAUUGGUUCGCCGCUUGCAAUCAAAACUUUGGGAAGCCUAUUACGUGAUGAAAGUGACGUAAAACAAUGGCAGAAUGUAAAGGAAAGUGAGAUUUGGCAUAUACGGGAGGAAAGUAGUUUUGCAACAGGUGAGGAAAAUUCUAUCAUGCGUGCUUUGAAAUUAAGCUAUUUUAAUUUGGAAUUGUCAUUGCGGAGAUGCUUUUCUUUUUGUGCAAUUUUCCCCAAAGAUUUGGAAAUAGACAAGGAAGAAUUGAUUCAUCUCUGGAUGGCUAAUGGGUUUAUUGAAAGUGAAAGAAACAUAGAAGUGGAGGAUGUUGGAAAUAAAGUGUGGAAUAAAUUAUACCGUAGAUCAUUUUUUCAGGAAGCAAAAUGUGAUGAAUUUGGCAUGAUCAAAAGUUUCAAGGUGCAUGAUCUAUUUCAUGAUCUUGCCCAGUCUAUUAUGGGUGAGGAAUGUGUGGUUGUUGUGAAAGGAAGAUUGACUACAUUGUCAACUAAAGUUCACUAUUCAAGCUUGUUCAAUUCUGGUGAGUCUGAUGAUAUGACUGCUCAAAGAGUUCACUAUUCAAGCUUGUUCAAUUCUGGUGAGUCUGAUGAUAUGACUGCUCAAAGAUUCAUGACUGCUUUGAAGAAGGUUGAAUCCCUGCGGACUUUUCUUGAUUAUGAGGGUAUUGGUCCGAUGCCAUCAAAUCCUUGUCUCCGAGCAUUGCAAACAAGCUCUUCUUUGUUAUCCCCACUCAAGGAUUUAACACUUUUGAGAUACUUGAGUUUGAGUUUGACUUUUAAUAGGAGUUCGGAAGAAAACUUAAAUAACUCAAUUUGUCAGUUGCCGAAACUACAAACAUUGAAACUGUGUAAUUGCCACCAAUUUCAUGGGCUGCCUAAGAACUUGACACGAUUAGAGGAUCUGAGGCAUAUUGUGAUUAAUGGCAGGGAUUCAAUACAAGAGAUGCCUUCGAAUAUUGGCAAGUUAAGGCAACUAAGAACCCUGAACAUUUUUGUUGUGGGUUUAAAACCAGGGUGUGGAUUAGCAGAGUUGCAUAGCUUAAAGCUGGGAGGCACGCUGAGAAUCAGAGGCCUUGAAAACAUCCCCAAUGAAUGGGAUGCUAAACAAGCAAAUUUAAUGAGCAAGAAAGAGUUGAAUCGCCUACACUUGUCAUGGGGUGCUAGUGCUAAUUCAGAAGGUAGUAAUGUUAGUGCGGAGAAAGUACUUGAAGCCCUGCAACCACCCUCAACUCUGAAGAGUUUUGAGAUGAGAGGAUAUCGAGGAAGACAAUUAUCCCAUUGGAUGAGAAGUGUUGUAGUUCUGAGAGACUUGGUGGAAGUUAACCUCUUGGACUGUGACAACUGUGAUGAGCUGCCUCCACUUGGCAAACUAGCACACUUGAAAAGGCUAGAGGUGAGUGGAAUGAAAAAUGUGAAGUGGAUAGAUGGUGAGACAUAUAACGGCGUGGAGGAGAAGGCAUUUCCAUCGUUGGAGAAAUUGACCAUGAGAAAUUUACCAAAUUUGGAGAGAAUGUUGAGGGAGGAAGGAGUAGAGAUGCUCCCUCGACUUUCUGAAUUAAGAACUUUUUGCGUCUCCAACAUUAAAUUUCCUCGUCUUUCUUCUGUUGAGAAACUUAUUGCUGUGAGCAUUGACGAAGUGGCUUCCUUCAUGGAAGGGGUUGUGGGGAAUCUUCCUUCUCUAAAGACCUUGGAAAUUCAAAGCGUUAAAGGAGCUGUGGUAUUACCCAACCAACUCCGUGUGUUGGAUGCGCUACAAGAACUACGUAUUGGAGAUUGGCAUGAUGUGGAGUAUUUUACUGAACAUGUGCUAGAAGGUCUGACUUCUCUACGAACUUUGUCCAUUAAUUACUGUAAGAAAUUAAAAUCCUUGUCUGAAGGUGUGCGGCAUUUGGCUUGUCUUGAGAGUUUGACGAUCAGUGGUUGUCCAGAGCUGAUGGAUCUAUCAAGCAAUAUGAGCCAACUAACUACCCUUUGGACUGUCUCAAUUAAGGUAUGCUCCAGAUUACCGUAUGGCUUACAACAUGUCCCUUCCCUAAGAACUUUGGAUAUAACAUCUUGCAAAUGUACUUCAUUGCCGGAUUGGGUCGGAGACAUGACUUCUCUUCAAAAAUUAAGCAUUAGGUUCUGUAGGGAGUUGAGGUCACUACCGAAUAGCAUUCAACACCUCACCAACUUGUCUCAUUUAAGCAUACACGGAUGUCCUCAUCUGAAGAAGCGGUGCAAGAGGGAAACAGGAGAGGAUUGGCAAUACAUAAAGCACAUCCCAAAAAUAGAACUAUUCCAUUGUGAAACCGACCUUUUAUGGUAAAUUCAAUAGUGUUGUGUUUACUUGUGUCAGUUUUUCUUUAAAAUUUGUGU